UAAUAAACGAGAUUUGAAAAAUUUUCUUCCAUUAACGGAUAUAAUGGGAGAUAAUCAUAUGAUUAUGGAUAAUUUUUCUGAUGAUCUAGGAAAUAAUAAUAAUAAUCUUAAUAAUGUUGAUCAAGGCCAAUUAUUACGUCAUCUUCAUCAUCAUAAUCAUCAUCCGCAUCAUCAUCAACAUCAUCAUGAUUAUGAUGAAUCAUCGUUUAAACAUUAUCCAGUAUUCGUACAUACAUAUAAAAAAUCAGAUAGAAAAUCAUUAUUUCAAUCAUGGCCCGAUACAGUGAUUGCAAGUUUACCAUCAAUUUUUCUAAUAUUAUUAACAACACCAAUGUUAAUGACACUAUUAUUACACAUUUUAAAGCAUAUUUUUGUCAUUAAAAGCAUCUUGACACAGAAUAUGUUGGGACCAACAAACAUGAAUGCACGUGAUUCAUUGGAUACAAAAAUUGGCCAAUUAACCAACAAUCUUGAUCGAGCAAUAAUGAAAUUUGAAACAAAUUGAUUAUGUUUGAAUUUAAUAAAAAAAAUGAACAGAUAUUUUUAAUUUUUAAA